UCUAAAGGGGCUCAUGGUUACAAUUGACUUUGAAAAGGAAGGAAUGAGUCACUUUCCAUGCAUAGUGACUUAACUUUGUAUAGGGAACUGUGCAGUACACAGAGACUUACAUGUUCUUGGAAGGUCCAUUAAACAUAAAAAUGUAAGUACCCCUAUUGUUAAUUGCACUAGGGAAAAAAGCAUAACUCAGGUCUUCUCUUUUGAGAAUCCAGGAAAUCUUACUUUUGGGAUACUGUGGCCCCAGCAGAAGAGGGCCGAGGAAAUACAGGCUUUUACCGAGUACCUACAGGAUGCCUCUCACUGGGGUUGUAAAUGAUACAGCACUUGGCCUUCAGGAGCCCAGUAUAGAAGGAAAUCAGUCCACUAGUAGGCCUGGAAGAAACGCUGGUUCAUCCUGCGGAGUGGCCGGAUGAGCGGUGACCCAGAUGUUCUGGAAUACUACAAGAAUGAUCACUCCAAGAAGCCCCUGCGGAUCAUCAACCUUAACUUCUGUGAGCAGGUGGAUGCAGGCCUGACCUUUAACAAGAAGGAGCUGCAGGAUAGCUUUGUGUUUGACAUCAAGACCAGUGAGCGCACCUUUUACCUGGUGGCUGAGACAGAGGAGGACAUGAACAAGUGGGUCCAGAGCAUCUGCCAGAUCUGUGGCUUCAACCAGGCAGAGGAGAGCACAGAUUCCCUGAGAAAUAUUUCCGCAGCCAGUCACCACGGGCCCCGCUCUUCUCCAGCUGAGCUCAGCGGCUCCAAUCAGCACCUUCUCCGAGAACGAAAAUCCUCAGCCCCAUCGCACUCCAGCCAGCCGACCUUGUUCACGUUUGAACCACCUGUGUCAAACCAUGUGCAGCCUACCUUGUCCACCAGUGCACCUCAGGAGUAUCUCUACUUGCACCAGUGCAUAAGCCGGAGAGCAGAAAACGCAAGGAGUGCCAGCUUCUCUCAGGGCACCAGGGCCUCCUUUCUCAUGAGGAGCGACACAGCUGUACAGAAGCUUGCCCAGGGCAACGGACACUGUGUCAACGGGGUCAGUGGUCAAGUCCAUGGUUUCUAUAGCCUUCCCAAGCCGAGCCGGCAUAAUACAGAAUUCAGAGACAGUGCCUACGACCUCCCUCGGAGCCUGGCCUCCCAUGGCCACACCAAGGGCAGCCUCACAGGCUCUGAGACAGAUAAUGAGGACGUGUACACCUUCAAGACGCCCAGCAACACCCUGUGCCGGGAGUUUGGGGACCUCCUGGUAGACAAUAUGGACGUUCCGGCCACCCCACUUUCAGCCUACCAGAUCCCUAGGACAUUCACUCUGGAUAAGAACCACAAUGCCAUGGCAGUGGCCACCCCUGGGGAUUCAGCCAUAGCUCCCCCACCCCGGCCCCCCAAGCCAAGCCAGGCAGAAACACCUCGAUGGGGCAGCCCUCAGCAGAAACCUCCGACCAGUGAGAAUAACAGAUCUCUCUCUGUCGCUGCCACCAUCCCCAGGCGCAAUACUCUCCCGGCAAUGGACAACAGCCGACUUCACCGAGCUUCUUCCUGUGAGACCUACGAAUCCCCCCCGCGUGGUGGAGAGGGUGCAGGCUGGUCUGCUGCGUCCAUGAGUGAUGGAGUCAGUUCUUUCUCGCCAGGGAAAACGCUUGUGGGCCGAUCAGAUAGCAGCAAUUCUGAAGACAACUACGUGCCCAUGAACCCAGGUUCCUCCACCCUCCUGGCCAUGGAGCGAGCGGGUGAUAAUUCCCAGAGUGUCUACAUCCCCAUGAGCCCAGGGCCCCAUCACUUUGACCCACUUGGCUACCCAUCCACAACCCUUCCUGUGCACCGAGGCCCCAGCCGAGGAAGUGAGAUCCAGCCACCCCCUGUCAACCGCAACCUCAAACCUGACCGGAAAGCAAAGCCAACACCGCUUGACCUGAGAAGCACCGUCAUCGAUGAGCUCCCCUUCAAAUCACCUAUCACCAAGUCUUGGUCCAGGGCCAACCACAGCUUCAACCCCAGCUCCUCCCAGUACUGCCGCCCUAUCUCCACUCAGAGCAUCACCAGCACGGACUCGGGAGACAGCGAAGAGAACUAUGUCCCUAUGCAAAACCCAGUGUCUGCAUCUCCCAUUCCCAGUGGCACCAACAGUCCAGCCCCUAAGAAGAGCACGGGCAGCGUCGAUUAUCUGGCCCUGGAUUUCCAGCCAAGCUCCCCAAGUCCCCACCGCAAGCCAUCCACUUCAUCUGUCACUUCUGACGAGAAGGUGGACUAUGUCCAGGUGGACAAGGAGAAGACCCAGGCGCUGCAGAACACCAUGCAGGAGUGGACAGACGUGCGGCAGUCCUCAGAGCCUUCCAAGGGUGCCAAGCUGUGACCGGAGGAGGGGCCGCCAAGCCCAGGGAGGGGCCGGGAGGCAGUGUCUCCAGAGCUGGUCCCUCCCCACCUGUCCUCCCCUCCCCCCCCCGCAACUUUCUUCUCUGCCACUCUCGGCCUUCAAAGCACUUGACAUCAGGGACCCUGAACCAUUCCCCUGGGAGGUUAGGGCCUGAUCAAGGCACUUCCUCUGCCCGCUCGGGGCCCACUUCUGAUUUUUAUCAGUAAUGGCCAUGCCUCCACUCACCUUAGUUAGGAGCUAUUGCCAAAAAGCAUCGUUCAACCUCUUCCUGGCCUUUAGACCUGACUAUCUACCAGACGUUUGGAGAGAGGGGUUGGGGCCCUGAGCCAGAUUCCACACCUCACAUUCGGUCGCAGCCCUCAGCCCUCUUCCCUGCAGCCACUGGGCUACCUCUCCUUCAGUCCCAGAAGACAAGUCGUCUCACUGACCCAGGGAGCCAAGGACCAAAGUAGAUAUGGACUUUUUCAUCCCUGUUUUUCUUGGUGGGGGAGGCAAGGCCAGGCCACCAAAAUCAAGGCGCUUGAUUGAGAAGAAAAGCCAGAGGUGGUCCUGAGGGGGCAAAGGAAUUAGAUCCCCAGAUGCAGAGGGGCGGCUGGUACCCACAGAGGUGCCCCACUUUCAGGCUGAGGCCAUGGCAGGGCAGCGGUGUGGGUGGACAGGCAGAAAGAUGAUGGACAUAGGAAGGGAAAAGUGAUGGUGGGCACCCGAGAAGGAGCAGGGCUUGCCGCUCAGGACAUGGAAGUGACAAGGACAAUGUGGGGUCAGGGUCCCCUGAAUUCAGGAGCCACAGACAUCCCCCUCCCCCGGUCACUCUCUGACAAUGCCACUCUGGGCCCGAGGGCAGUCUUCUUCCCCAGUCCCCCCUGGAAGGCCCCCCACUGCACCCAGGAGCUCCACACAGGAGGCAGCUUGGACCAGGCUGGGCGACAGAGCCACAGUGUGUAGUGUGGGAAAGCCAGCAUGGUGGGGGUUGGGGAGGCAGGAGGGAGCGUGGUACAGGUACAGGUGAUGCAGGGACUGAGGGGGAGCCUUGGGACAGGAAGGGCCUGGCAGGGGCACAGGGCAGUCCAGUGCCCUGCAGUGGGGGUGGUGCAGCUGCAGCCAGUGAGUUUCUGGGAGGUGGACAGUGUGGCGGCGGAGGGUGCAGAGGUGGCCUGGGAGAGUGCCCCAGGCAGUGCAUAGGGGUGCAGGGCAGAGGAGAAAGUGAGGAGCAAUGUGCAUGGCAGUAUGAUAUGAGGGCCACUCCCAGGACGGAGGGACGGCAGGUCAGGCAGGAUAAGGGUGAGCAGGGCAGAACUGUGUCUAGAGGACCACACCUGGUACAGCUGAUGGGCUGGGGUACGUGCCAGGUCCCGGGGCAGGGACACAUCUGGCCUGGUGCCAGGCCCAGAGGGUUUCCUCAGCCCGUCUCCCCUCUGUUGCUCCCCAGCAUUCCAGGUGCCACGUUGGACUCAAACUUGGCUACAGGAAUGGGAGAAGCCAACUUUCUCCCUCCAAGGCUUGAAAGGUCAUCAGAUCAGCAGGGACUGGAGGUAGGGUAUCCCCUGAGGCUCUUUCUCUUAUGCCUAAGGAGGGGGGAAUGUGAAUUUUUUAUGCUGAAAGUUCUUGACCAAAUUUUCAAGAGUUUCAGAAGCAACAGGGCACACCAGACAUUUUGUCUUACGCAUUCCCCUUUCAGCUCCUGUGAGCUCACACACUUCGCGAGACCCAUGGCCUGGCCUUUCUCUAAGGAGCCAUCCUGGGAGCAGCACGUCCCGUGGUAGCUCUUCUCCUCUUAGCUUCAGUUCAGGUCAACUCAAGAAGCAUUUAGUAAUGGCUGCUGUGGCCAGAUGCUGGCUUAGGCACCAAGGACACAGGAAUUAAUCAGACUUUGUCCCUGAACUUGAGAUGGUCACAAUCAGUGAGAAAAGGACACGAGACAGUGUUGAUGCCGUGAGAGAGAGAGAGACUUAGGAUGCUGAUGGAGUGUGGAGGAAGUACAGACUAUGUCUCAGGGAGGUUGGUGCAAGAGGCAGGAGUGGGGUAGAGAUCAGGGAAGGUGGAUUCUAGGAAAACUGGGUGCCUGAGACAGCCUUACAGUUGGAUAGGUUGGAUUUUUAUGGGGAAGGCAGGCAAGGCCUGUGUCCAAUGAUGGGGGAAGGCAGGCGAAACUUGGAAAGCCUCAUGUUUGGGGAACAAAAAGACCUUUGAGAGUGUAUAGGUCCAGCCACUCAGAUGAAAGGGUAGUGAUGACUAUAGCUACACUGGGCAGGGUAUGCAGGGGACUGGUUUACUCUGUCUAGCACUGACAGUGUCCCUUUAAGGCCUUCUACAAGGGGUCCCAGAUGGCAGAGCUUUUAACUGGUACCUCCCCUGUGCCCCAAGCAGGCUCCCAUAAAAAUGUGAGCAUGCUCUGAGCAUGCCAUGAUGUGAAUGAAACUGGCUGGAGUCUUCAGAGACUGAGGUGCUCAAAUCUAAUCUCCAAGAGGCCUCCUUCCAGCUCUUGGUUCCUGUAACUAACUAUCAAAACCCUUAGGGUGGAAGUGUAGGGGUAGAGAUGGAAGGAAGGACAAGAUAAGGAAUUGGGCUUUUGAAAACAGAGCUCUGGCUUAACAAGCCCCAAACUACCAGCCAUCUCUAGCAUGUACCCACCCCCCAAAAGGAAAACUCAACUCAGUUCAAAAAACUGGUCCUUUGGCUAAUGUGUGGGUCAAAGUCCACCUUUCCUCGUGGCCUAGCAAGGACUAAGACCCCCACAAUGGCAAUGCCUUCCUCACCCCACAGAGCUCUCACAAGGACUCGUCCUGCCUGGGGCUUCUCCAAAGGAGCCAGCUCCACCUCUGCAAGGUUAAAGUUGAACAAUGAGAGGGAGCUGGUGUCUCCCUGGGUCCUUGCUUUGCCAUCUAUGAAAUGGGUGGUUGGGUUAGAUAUCUGAGGUCCCUUCCACAGCUGAUGCCCAGCUGCUUUGAGUGGGAACUCCCUGCGUCACCAGGGGUGGGCAGCACCCAUAACCCCCAGUCUCCUCCCUAGCUUGAUUUUGGUAACUUCUUCAUUUGAAGCCAUUAAAAUAUGCCCCUUUCCUAGGACAAAAGCACAACCAUUCUGAGGCUGUUGGAGCACGAGCUCAAUCGGUCUUCCCUUCAGCCCCUUUACCUGCUACAGAGCUAGUCUCAGCCCCAUGCCUUUGCCAGAGCCCUGGAAGAGUGCAAGAUAGAGGGAAAUUAGUACUCCCUUCCUGUCUGGGCCUUCAUCUGUAAAAUGUGAGGGAAGCAAGGCUCCAAAGGCCUUUCUGCGGGGGCUAUUGUUCUGGGACUCGCCAAGCUCUUUGGGGCCUGGGACCAUGGUGGGCUACCUACCGAGGGGGCCCACUGGAGAUUCAGGCUGUUGUGUGAUUAUCUGGUGAUAUGUGUUCUCAUGUGUUCGUUGGCUACUUGUGUCUUGAAAUUUAGAAUCAUUUCGCACAGAAUUGUUGCUAUUUGUUGGGAAGGGAAAAUGGACUAGAGAAAGCCUAGUUCUUUUCAUGUUACCAUUCAAAAUUGACAUUUAAUUAAUUUUUCAAAUCACUGUUGGUGCCUAAUCACUUAAGUUAUUAAUUUAUUCUGUUUUCUUUUUUAAAAAAAUUGUAACAUAUUUAUCCUGGUGGUAGGUCCGGGGGUGGGAUGGGAAUGUGUGAGUGGGUUAUAUUUUUGCUGUGGUGACACGUGGUACAGGCCUGGAGCUUGCAGGUCCCUUUUUACUGUGGUGGUGGAGCAGGACAAUAAUAAAGUCCCUUAGAAAUGCAA